AUGUUUUACCACUGUUUGGAAUUAUUAUUCGUGGUGUCCAUUAGUGCAGUACCAUUGCCUGAAGAACUGUAUUAUGAUGGAGAAAUUCCGAACUGUCAUGAUGGUGGGAAACCUCUGCUAGCCGCAGAUAUUGGAAUUCAUACAUGUGACAAAAAUUGUCCGGAAGGAUUUCGAUGUGAAUACAAAACAACGAAUAUUACUGCAAGGAAAGGCAUGUGUUGUCCGAAUUUGAAAGAAUUGGAAAAAAUUUACAGUGAGGAUGAGAAAUUGGAGUAG